GGCGUGGCCUCGAGUGGCCGGGCUCACGUUGCAGUAAUGCGUGUGCGUCUGGGCGAAAACUAAAACGAGAAACAAUAACACAGAGACCGAGAAGUUGUGCGCGUGGAGCGUCAACCGAGCCCGGGUUUAUGGAUCGUAACCCGGAGUCUGACGACUAUUUGUUUCACUUUUGGGAGUUUUAACGGCGGGGAAAAAUCCAGAAAUCCAGAGACAGCAAAUGCGUGGUCUCAUUAGCUGCAACUUUACAUCCGCACACGUUGUUCUGCGCGCGAGGUAACGCCAAGGCAUCUCAAGCCUGUUUACUCACACUAAGGACUAAACGAGGGUCCCAUCCUCAGGGCUUAAAGAUGGAUUUCUCCAUAGAAUAACAGUGUUGACUGGUCCAGCGACAAGAACAAACCCAAACAGCCACCAAGUGACCAUUCGGUUGCGUGACCAACCAGAGCAUGCCGAGUGGAGACAGCUACCAGGAUGGAGAAGAGAACGGUUCUCCUGAUCCGAGCGGCGUGGAGCGAGGCGUUCCAGUGGAGCGGGCCAACAGGGAGGCAGAACCAGCAGGCAGGGGGGGAAUGGCAUCCGGAUCCGGAUCGGGUUCAGGAGAGGACGAGGAGGUGGACGAGCAGGCAGAGGGACGGCGCGUGGCUGAGGAGAGCCGCGGAGAACCUUCCGGAGUAGAGCGAGGUCAGGAGGACGUGGAGAUGAACGGCGGUCACGACAGCAUCGGGGGAACACGACGGCAUUCGUCUUCUGCCAAUGGGAGUCCAGGCAGCACCACGGGAUCAGGCAGCACCAAGAGCUCGAAGUCUGUGACGGGCUCGUCAUCCUGCAGCCUCCACAGCACGGCCUGCAGUCAGAGCAGACACCACGCAGACUGCAGCGAGCAAGCAGAGCAGGGCCGAGACCACUCCCACCGGGAGAUGAUGCAGACGGUGCAGGAGAUGAAGAAGAGGCUGCCGUCGGAGAAGAGGAGCCGCAGCAAACCCAGCACUGUGGAGGCUCUGAACUACGCCCUUAACUGUGUCAAACAAGUACAAGCAAACAGCGAGUACUACAAGUUACUGAUGUGCAACGGACUGGAGGAGAGAAAAGACGCUACGGUGUGCAGCCUGGAGCAGCUGGAGAGCAUCACGUCCGAACACACGCUCAAAAAUACAGACACGUUCGUGGUGGUGUUCUCGCUGGCUACGGGCCGAGUGGUGUACGCGUCGGAGCAGGCCUCCAGCAUCCUCAACUGCAAGCGCAAGUUCCUCGACUCGGCCAAGUUUGUAGAGCUGCUGUUUCACCAAGACGUCAACGUGUUUUACUCUCACACCGCACAGCCGCACCUGCCGCCCUGGAACGUGGGGACAGACAGCGCUGCAGUCCUUUUUGAAUGUGCCCAAGUCAAGUCCUUCUUCUGCAGAAUCAGAGGAGGGAAGGACCGCGAUGGUGAGAUGCGCUACAACCCGUUUCGUAUCACGCCGUACCUGCUGAAAGUGCAGGGCAUGGGCGGGGAGGAGGAACAUCCGUGCUGCUUGGCUCUGGCUGAACGCAUCAUCUCAGGAUACGAGGCUCCCCGGAUUCCCACAGACAAGCGCAUCUUCACUACAACACACUCUCCAGGGUGUGUGUUCUUAGAAGUAGAUGACCGUGCUGUGCCUUUGCUUGGUUACCUCCCUCAGGACCUGAUAGGCACGUCGGUGUUGACCUGCCUCCACCCUGAGGACCGCACCCUCAUGCUGGCCAUGCAUCGAAAAAUUCUGAAAUACGCAGGCCAGCCGCCGUUUGAACAUUCCCCAAUCCGCUUCCGCUGUCAAAACGGAGACUAUGUCACACUGGACACCAGCUGGUCCAGCUUUGUCAACCCCUGGAGCCGCAAGGUGGCCUUCAUCAUCGGCAGGCACAAAGUCCGCACAGGGCCUCUGAACGAGGAUGUGUUUGCUGCACAGAGCAAAGCAGAGCUUCCUGUUAUGAAUGAAGAUGUCAAAGAAUUGCAGGCCAUGAUCUACAAGCUUUUCCUGCAGCCGGUCCACAAUAACGGCUCGAGUGGUUACGGCAGCCUGGGCAGUAACGGUUCCCACGAGCACUACAUCAGCGUGGCCUCAUCCAGCGACAGCAACGGGAACCUGUGGGAAGAUUCGCACCGAGAGCCGGUUACCCUCCAACAGAUAUGUGCUAAUGUUAAUAAAGUUAAGAGAGGAGGUCAGCAGGCGUAUCUGGACUCCCGGAGAAAAGUCAUGGCGGAGGGGAAAGUUAGCACAGAAACUCCAGCUCCCAUCCUUCAGGGUGGUCAGCGUUUAGAGAUUCAGCGUCUCCGAAGGUCCCUUGAGGACUCACACAGGAAGCAGCCGCACAUUCCGUCUUACCAGCAGAUUAACUGUGUGGACAGCAUCAUUAGGUACUUGGAGAGCUGCAGUGGCCCUGCCCUGAAGCGGAAAAGCGAAUCCUUAUCCAUCGCUACCUCUUCUUCUUCUACCACAUCCGAGGAAGACAAGACCCCCGCGGCCCCACUGGAGGACAGAACUAAUGCUGAUGAGGCAACCAUGGAAGCAAGUGCUGGUCUGGAGAGCCAGGUGUCAGCCGGAUCUGCGGUGACUGUGGCACAUACGACAGCCGCCGUGGUUGGGGCUCCGCUAACUGACAUCACUCUGUCCACUAAAGCUAUGAGCGUGGUGUCGGUGACCAGCCAGUGCAGCUACAGCAGCACCAUCGUGCACGUUCCCCAGCCUGAAUCUGAAGUGACGGCUCUAGAGGACGCGCCAAUGGGAAGCGAACCAGCCGACCCAGCUCCUGCGCCAUCGCGGCCGGCCCCCACCUCCUCCACCACGGCUCCAGAGGAGUUCCAAGUGGUGGGGCUGACCAAGGAGGUGCUGUCCGCACACACACAGAAAGAGGAGCAGGAGUACGUGGACCGAUUCAGACAUCGCAUCCUGGAGAGCCCAUAUAGCUCCUACCUCCAACAGGACAACAGCAGCAUGGCUCACUCCAACCACAGAGGUGAUUAUGCCAUGAGGCCUCUGAGCACGAGAGAUUGGAACAGAUCCCACUCAGGCAAACCCAGACACAAGCGUGCAAAGCCUCAGGCCUCGUCCGACAGUGACGGCUCGCGGCCUGGACACUUCCUGCCGAUGACCUCAUCUGCUCCCAAUAACUCCUCGUCCGAAUCUUCCCAACCCAAACCCAACUUUUUCUCACCCAUGCUGAUGCCUGUUCAGCCCCCGUACUACCCCGUCCCACCUCAACCCACUGUCAUGCAGCCACAUGGCGUUCCUAUGGUGGUGCAGCCCGAACAGACGCAGCCGGUCAUGCAGGUCAUGAAUCCUUUCAUGUCCCCUGUCAUGGCUGUCAUCAUGCCCUACCCCGCAAAUUACACCAUCUAUCCCCAGGCAGUACCAGGCAUGCCAGGUGUACCAGGUGUACAAAGUGUAACUCAACCUGGAUUAGUGCCUCCUUCCUAUCCCCAUCCUUCCUUCAUGUCCCUGGUGGACAAUCCACCUGCUCAGAGUGGCCCCAGCUCAAUGCCCCCAGCCCCUGGAGCGUUGCUGUCUUCACCGAUCUCGUCUCCGUGGCCGGAAGAGGAUGUGGAUGGCGCUCAGCCCACAGUGCUGUUCUCCAGUUCCAGGUCCAGCAGUCCGCUACAGCUCAACCUGCUGCAGGAGGAGCUGCCCAAACCGAACGCCCCGCAGAGCAACACGGGCCGAGCCGAAAGCCUGCACGAGCAGCACGCCAAGGAGGAUUCUCCCAGCGAUUCGGGUAAUCAGGACGCUCAGUCCACCUCCCGUGUACUGCUGGACCUGCUGCUGCACGAGGACGCUCGCUCCGGAACCGGCUCCAAUGCCUCUGGUAGUGGAUCUGGAGAAUCCGGGGGUUCUCUGGGUUCGGGUUCAGGCCUGGGCUCCAAUGGUACCUCUACCAGCCACACAGGCAGCAGCAACAGCAGCAAGUACUUCGCCAGCAAUGACUCCUCAGACACGUCCCAUAAGGCCAGAAAGAGCCAGGAUGCACCAGAGCGUUCCAGCUUCGACAAGUGUGUGGAGGACUCGCUGUGGACCAUGAUUCAGCACACACCAGAGCCAGUCAUGAUGACCUAUCAGAUCCAUCCCAGGGACCAGGCACAGGUCCUGAAGGAGGACCGGGAGAAGCUGCUCCUCCUGCAGCCCAUGCAGCCGUGGUUCACUCAGGAGCAGAAGGAGGAGCUGGCCGAGGUGCAUUCCUGGAUCCACCAUCACAGUGUACCGGAGGAGAUAAACACACAAGGAUGUGUGAGCUGUAUCCCUACUGCUUUGGAAGGAGGUGACGCGGCGGCCCACUCUCCCAGCCUGCCCACUCCAGACAGCUCAACCAAUCAGGAUCGCCCCGCGGAGGACGUCAGCCCCGCCUCUGACACCUGAAGCCGCUUUCCUUAGCACUUCAGGUUAAAAACCCCGCCCCCUUUUCACAGAGCCGGACCAUCAUUAUGCCUCACCCAAUCACAUCUGCACACUCAGUAAGAGGGGGAGGAUGGAGGCCGAGGUUGUGUCACGGUGCCACUUGACGUGACGUGACGUGACGUGACAUGACGAUAUGUCAGGAGUCUCUUCAGUACGGGAACAAAACUGAGAACCUGCUCGAACCACCACGAGAGACUGACCUUCGCUUGUUCCAAACAUUGGAACCACACAACUGUGAAUCUUUUACGCUGUGUUAGCAAAACUGUAAUUUAUAUCAGUAUUGACUUCUUCUAUUCUUAUUUUUGUAUGGUUACAGCUCUAGAUUGGGUUUCACUGUGUUUUGUAUGAAGAUGCGGCCCUUAGAGCCUGACGUGCAUCGGUUGGUGUUGACCGGUGUGUCUUUCGUGACAGUUUUGCUCGAACAAAAUGAGCAUCUUGUCUCCCAAAAUCCAGUCGCACUGUAUAUUGAUGCUUUAAGCUGUGAUUAUAUUUCUAUCCUUUUGUCUGGUGUCUCGAUUCCAAACAGUGGUAUGUGUACAAUGUCCUGAGUGUUUUACCCUUAAAACGCGCCAGUCAUGCACAUAUAUACACUUUCUUGUUGCUGUCUUACUUGGGGGAAUUUGUCUUUUUUAAAAGCAGAUCAUCAGCUUCAUGGCUCGGUUCCUUUUGCAAGGCUUUUCCACUCUACAUUCUGUCAUUAUUAACCCAAAUCCAAAUUAAGGAAUAAGCAACACUUUCUCCCCUUAUGUGCACUCACACUGAGAAUCAGCACUGUUUUUAAAUAUAGUGAUUAUUUUAGAUAGUUUAGAUAUAUUCCACUUGUUUUCUAAUUUAAUCUCAGGUUCUUUUUUAUCUCCAAAAGAGCUGGUAGAGAGAGCGUUCAAAGUGAUGCUCGUUCGCCCAACAUUUCAAAAUCAUAUAGUCUCUCCCUGCUGAAAAAACUAGCUCUAGGAAAAGGAAAUAUGGAUUUUACCAUCAGUUUUUCUGUCACCAGUUUUUUUUUCCUGAACUUAUGGCUUUUAUUAAAUAUUUUAAGGAGCUCUUGGUGAAUGUGUAGUGCUACAUAACGUCAGUGAGAAAAUUAUUGAGAAAAUGUCAUGUACAGACGACGCGUGAGCCACGUGGGAUUUAAAGCUAGCACUUUAACUGGUCAAUUUAAUUUAAUCCUUUGCAGCCGAUCCAUAAAAAUCCAGCAAAAUGGUCAUAGAAACGUCACCUCGUUACAGCCAUGUUAUAAUUUAACCUGAUCCUGGUUGCUCCUGGUUUUCCUUAUUUAUUAACAUUGUACCAAAAAAAUGAUGUCUCUGCUCUGAAAGGAAGUUCUCUGGUGAGUUUUUUUUUUUUCUUCAUUUGUGUGAGAAGUUAGUGUGUAAUUAGAGGUGCCAUGAUUUGUUGCUCAUGUAGUGAUACGGCCUUGGUGUUGAAAGUGUGAAAUCAGAGGGGGCGGCUCAGCUCAGCGCUUUGAAGGACGAACACUGUCAAGCACAAAUGAUGUUUUUUACGGUCUUGUGGACAGAAAAACAGGGUAUUUUGUACAGUUUUUAGCCACAAUGUAUGUACAUAUCAUGCUAUGUAUUUUGCAAAAAAAAAAAAAAAAAGGAAGAAAAAUUAUGAAAAUUUUUGUCUUGAAUUCAGGGAAGUAUUUUGUGACACCUUGAAUGAAUUAUAAAUUAAAGACUACAGUGAAUUCAAA